CGCAACACAAAGUUCCAGAGGAGCAAUGGAACAACAGCGGACUGUUCCCGGACUGAAAGGGACCGAACACUUGUCAAAAUGUAACAUUGAGGUUAGGAAAGAAGACGUAAACAAUUCUCGGAUGAAGGGGCUUCAACUACAAAAUGAGAUAAUAGGUGGAGACUUACGUAUAAACCAUAGAGAAAAUCUUCAGGGUCACGGCAGUGCCUACAAGGUUUGUACAAAGUUUAGGGCUGAUCCCACGGACCACGAUAGCACCUAGGACUUAAGAUUUUGAAUCUAGUCUUGGUAACCGCUCACAGUGUACAAAUU